GUUUUUCUUCGACUUUUUUCCAGAAUACGGUGCUAGUGCUCGUUAUAUAGCGUUUCAAAGUCGGGAUGAGUUAUCUUCCCGGCUCAGCCAGUCUUCUGCAAGAUAUUGACAAGCGGAUGAUGGUGGUUUUGAGAGACGGCAGAACAUUGCUAGGAAUUUUGCGCUCUGUUGACCAGUUUGCUAAUCUGCUUCUGCAUCGCACUAUUGAACGAAUUUACGUCGGUAACAAAUACGGUGAUAUUCCCCGUGGGAUUUUCCUUGUCCGGGGGGACAAUACCUUUCUUAUUGGAGAAAUCGACGAAGAGAAAGAGGCUAAUUUGCCGUUGGAAAAGGUCUCUUUUGAAGAAAUUCUUCAAGCUCAAACAGUCGAGACUGAGAAGAAAUUGGAAAAGGAACGCAUUCGAACGAAAUUCUUCCGCGAACGGGGACUAACUUACGUUCCUGACGCCGCCCAAGAAGAAAUGAUUUAG